AUGGCGGCUGUCAUCAACGGCGUCCCGGCGGCGAUCCCGCCGCCGCCUGGCUAUGUCGUAGACUUUGCCAAUCCGCAGCGGAACUCGGUAGGGGCAGCUUAUGCCAUUGCCGCCAUAGGCAUGGCCCUCGCCCUGUUUUUCGUAUUCCAGAGGUUCUACGUCAAAAUCCACAUCAGAAAGAAGAUUGGCCUUGAUGGAUGGGAUCUCGGCAGCAUCGUUAUCCAAGCGUUGGUAAUCCGCUCGUUCGCCCUGGGAUACAUCGGUGUCCACGGCUGGGAGAUUCCACUCGACUUGUUCCAGCAGUAUGUAUUCACCGGAGGCUACCUUAACUCGGUUGUCUACACGGUCCCGACGGCGCUGUCCAAAGUGGUCAUCCUGCUUUUCCUUCUCGAAGUCAACGCUAGCUACGACCUCGCGUUCCCGCCGGCCGAGGGCUCGUGCAUGGACAGACCGACCAUGUACAAGGCAACCGCUGCCCUGGGCGUCAUUACGGACGUCAUGAUCAUCGCUAUCCCCAUUCCGAUGGCGUUGGGCCUGCAUAUACCGAGGAACAAGAAGAUUGGCCUGCUCGCCCUGUUUGCCAUCGGCUCAGCGACCGUUGUUACUUCCAUCGUCCGCCUGUACCUCCUAAUCGCCAUCAUGGACGAAGUGAAUCAGACCUGGGGUGGUGGCCCAGUCGUUGUUUGGAUUCUCAUCGAAGCCAAUCUCCUUAUAAUGUGCGCAUGUCUCUCGACGCUGCGCCACUUCUUCAGAGCCGUCGCACCCGGUCUUCUGAGCAGCGUGUGGAGGAAAUCCAAGAGCAAGGGCACGGGGAGUCUCUCGAACAGCCACGGGUCCGAGCUGCAGACCAUCGGCCAGAUCCCUAGCAAGGGCCUUGGCAAGAAGCAGUUCAUGAAGCUCGACGGGCGCGCCGACGUCGAGUCGCAGGCCUACGCCGGCCGAUCCUCGCUCGAGACCAAGCGCAGCGACGAGGCGGGCAGCGACAGAGGCAUCGUGCAGACCACGACGACGCAGGUCUCGUACACGCAGCCGCGCCGCUAA